AUGGCCACCACACCGUCUUUUUCUGAACCUACAUUGUAUACGGUCUCGGAUCUCAAGUCGGAUCCGAGCUUGGUCACACAGAUCACCGAGCUCGUUAACGAUGCCUUUAGUCGCUCCAAGAAGUCAGACCUGGUCAAGUGGCGACAAGGCGAGCAAAGAAGGUUCCCCAACGACGACCUGUACUUUGAUAUGCUUGGCACUGAGGGUGUCAUAGCUGUCAUCUGCGACAUCACCGAAGAGAAGCGCAAAGUCGUCGCUGUUGCAAGCGCGGUACCGUGGAAAGGUGGUUGGAACAAAGAGGGAGCUGGUGUCGAGGAGGGCUGGGAGGUAAAGGCUGUUGCAGUUGACGGUGACACGAGGUAUAUGCGACGUGGCCUCGCUGUGCAAUUAUACGCCUUCCUUGAGCAGCAUCUCAUCUUCGAGUCCAAGCAGCUGGGUGUAUCAACCAUAGGAAGGAGGUUCAACUCAACAGACCGACUCACCCUCUGGAUCUUGGCCGCAGAGUGCAUCAACGGCCCUUACUGGAGAAGGAGAGGAUAUGAACUGGUCCGGCAGGAGAUAGCCGAGCCACCUACCUGGGGCGUUCUGACAAGUUUUAGCAUGAUUGUGUUACGAAAAGAUAUACCAUUCGAGCUUGCAGAGACCGAGCUUUCACCUGUCGCCAAGAAGGUCGAUGCGUCAGCGAGACAAGGAGUGGUGGUCAACUGA